GCUGGAAAGCUGCCUUUCACGGUCAUUAGGAACGGCGCCCUGAUGCACUGAGAGAAUGUAGUAUUGAUGUUUCGUAAGGGACGUCUGCACUCCAUAGAGACAUGAAAGGGACAAAGGGAAGGCAAUGUCAGGAGCGUGAUGCUAUUGGUGGUUGGACAGGACAUGGAGAAGGCUGGGAGGUAUGUCUUGGCGCAGUCGAUCUCGCACAAUCUCGCACGUCAGGUCGAACGGAUCAAUUCAUUCUUGGGGGGUGCAGCAUCGUCCGCUCUCACAAUGUGUGCCUAUGCCGCGACUAAGAGGGUCCAUCGCAACGAGCUCGAAUCCCCGGCAUCGUCCCCGGGCUCCUCCCCUGACCCCACCCUCACCGCGCUUCUGCGCUCACGCGCCUGUCAAGAAUACGUAUUCAAGCCAGUUCAGUCCGAUACCAGCGAAGGCGAAGCUGCAGCUGGGGGUGAGGACGAUGAGACGGAGCUCCGACUAUUUGCUGCACCGGCUUCAUUUGCUCCUCAGUCCCACAAAAUCCGACUCUCAUCGCCGGACGCCGCGACCGGAGAGCCGGUGUUUAUCGUGAAACGACCCAGAAGCUAUUAUUUCACAGAGCAUGUCGACAGUGAGAGGCUCUCCAAGCUGCAGGCCGCCGCCAUAGACAGCGAGACAGUCAUCAAAAUGUCAGGCGAACCGUGGCCGGCAUGCGCUCUGCCCUGGAAGGUUCAAACUAUCUCACCCUCUGGGCUGAAGAAAGGGGUUCUGGUCGGACAGCCUAGAAGCCUAUUUACUGUGGAGGAAAAGGUACCCAAGAGGAGGCGGAAAGGGAAGAAGGGCAGGAUUGCGCUCAGGAAGAUGUUGCAGGCGGCAAGAACCAAGCAGAGCGAGCGGGAGGAAUUGGCGAAAGAAAAGGAGGAGGCGGAAAGGGAAAAGAGAACUAGGAGGAACCGAGAGAAGAAAGUCAAGAGGAAGGCCAGGGAGAAGGCGAAGAAGUCAGCAGAGAGUGAGGCCAAGACAGCCGAGCAAGACAUAGGAGCUGUGGGCAAUGAUUCUUCAACUUGACAUUUCAUCUUCUUUCCCCAGGAAUACCAACGCGUGGACUGGACCAUGUGUCCUGAUCAUGUUCGGUCUUGGUGAUCUCUCUGAGCGCUCCGUCUCUACCUUCACCAUUUUGUGCUUCAGAUGGGCUCGCUUUCACUCCAAACGCACCGUUGCCUCGGCCUACAUAUACUCUUCUCCACCGGAGCACAUCCGACUUUCUAAUCACCUUCGCUGCCACCGAAACAAACCCAGACAACCACUCAGCUCAUCGCGCAGUACCGAGCGACUAGUUUCGCCCAUCCGAAAC